UUUUUCCACAGCCUUACAGAAAUCCAGAAAGAUGUUGAGUACAGAUUACCAUUUACAGUCAACAACUCCACCAUUAGUGUUAACAUUUUGCUGCCUCCUCAGUUCCCUCAGGAGAAGCCGGUGGUUAGUGUCUACCCCCCAGUUGGUCAUCAUUUAAUAGACAGCAAUAAUGGCACAGUGAUCACCAGCCCCCUCAUCGCUAAUUUCAGUAUGCACUCAGAUCUGGGUAAAGUCAUCCAGAGUCUACUCGACGAGUUCUGGAAAAGUCCUCCUGUCUUAAUGUCUGCUGGCCCCACAGGCUUUCCAUACAUGUACAAGCCUCCUUACCCUUCCCAGGCUUUUCAUUAUGGUCCUCGUCAUGUGGGUCCCAGCCAGACUCCCCCUCCUGGACCUGGUCCAGCUCCAUCUCAAGCCCCGAUGCCUCAUCCAGCGGUGGAUAUGGUUCAUGGUGUACCUCGAGCUCCAGCCCCAUACGGAUUGAUAACGGAGUUACCUCUACCUGUACCAACUGGAGACUCACAGGCGGGGCUGAACGGACACAUGUACAAGAUGCCUGAGAUUCCUGAGUCUUUUCCUGAACUUUGUGACAAAACUCUGACACAGUUGUCAGAUAUGUCUGAAAAUGAGGAUGUGCUGCUGGAGUUCUUUGUGAGUUUGCCACAACUCAAGCAAGUCACCAGUGAUAAAGAGGAACUGGUCAACAGUAUAGUGGAGAUGGCUAAAAAGAACCUCCACAUGGAGCCACAGCUAGAAGGAAAAAGACAAGAGAUGCUUUACAAGUUUGAACAGCUGACACAGAUGAAGUCGGCCUUUGAGACAAAGAUGCAGAGACAGCAUGAACUCAGUGAGAGUUGCAGUCUAAGCACCCUGCAGGCUCGGUUAAAAGUCGCCGCCCACCAGGCAGAGGAGGAGUCGGAGGAGACGGCUGAAAACUUCCUUGAGGGGCGCAUUGAUAUCGAUGAAUUUUUAACUAGCUUCAUGGAGAAGAGAACGCUUUGCCACAGCAGAAGGGCCAAAGAGGAGAAGUUGCAACAGUCUAUAAACACUCAUGGUCAUUUUCCUCCCAGUCACUAAAACACAAGGUACAUCACAUUCAUACUAGAGCAGCCGCUCAGAAAAAUCCCC